GAUUAAUAAAAAUAAGAAAUGUAUAAAGGAUCCAAGAAACUGAAUAAAGCUCAGGCUAAAGCACAGGAGUAUGUACAGAAGCACAAGAUUGAGAAACUUAUCUCAGAGAUGGUCAAUAGCAUGGUUCACACUAGGGAUAAGAAACCUAUUGUCUACAUGAUUAAGUAUUUAUCGAACUACUGAACAGAAGAAGAGCUUGAGGAGAAUGGCAUUCAAGUAAAAGGACCUCUCCCACAGAGAAUUCCUCUCAUGAAUUACCCUGAAUUUGGAGAUGAAUGCACUCACCUCUUGAAGGCACAUCUCACAAGAGAUAUAUGGAGCCAGAUGAAGAAGAGAGCAACACAUCUUGGAGGGAAGAUCCAGCUCUGCCUUCAAUCUGGAGUUUACAAUGAAAAAGAAGAGAUUGGAAUUUAUGCUACUGAUGAAGAAGCUUAUAAAGUAUUUGAUGAUAUUUUUACUCCAAUAAUUCAAGAUCUCCAUCCUGAAUAUGACCUCAAGGUGAAUUACAGAAAUGAGUUUGAAUUGGUGUCGGUACAGAACCUGCAAAAACUACCAAAAUUAAAAGAUAAACUCUCUUUCAUUAAGGUCUCAGCCAGAAGGAACUUUAAAGACUACCCCUUCACUCCAAUGAUGAGCACCCAAAUCAAGUUCCAAGUUGAGAAAAAGAUUGUUGAAACAUUAGGCGAAGUGUACGGCCACUACCACCAACUUGCAAAGGUCGAUGAAGAAACAUCCAACUGGCUGAACUCUGUGGGCAUUGAUAUCUCAAAUCAGACAAGCCACAGCAAUGCUGGGAUCAACGAAGACUGGCCCAACGGAAGAGGUGUGUUCAUCGAUGACAACAAAGCCUUCGUGAUUCUCGUCAACUUCGAAGACCAUGUGCAGGUGUUCGCCAUCGGAGAAGACGGCGACUUCAGCAAGAGCCUGACCACUCUGAUCAAGAUUCUAUCGAAGUUCGAGAAGAUGGGAUACGCCAAGCAUUCCACUCUUGGGUUCUUGACUGCAAGUCCGAAGAACUUGGGAACCACUUUGGACCUGGGUGUCAGGAUCAAACUGAAGACAGCUCAAUCGCAAGACAACAUAGAGUCUUAUGAAGGAACUUACUCAUGAAAGAUAAAGCAAUCUCCGGACUCUGACACAGAGUAUGAUAUCAACUCUUGCAAGACUCUUGCGAAGAAUCUUACUGAGAAUGAUGCCAUCAAUGAAUUCUGUGAGUGCCUCCUUAGGCUUACAGAAGGGGAGAGUGAAGAUGAAGAGCAAGAAGAAGAGAAAGCUGUUGAACAAUUAGUCGAAUCAGAAGCACCACAACAAACCCAAUCUUCUGAGGAUUCAAAGCUAGAUAAUACUAAAGCUGGGAAGAACGAUACUAAUGCUCCUAAAGAAGCUCAAGUUGCAACUGAGGAAGUGAAGAAGAGUGAAGAUGAGAGCAAGAAUGCUGAAGAAGGAGAAUUAAAAGAGGUUACACCAAAGAAAAAUGAAGCAAGCUCAGAAUCUCCAGAUCAAAAGUCUAAAGAUACUUCUGUAGAAGAAACUAAGGGAGCUCCUUCAGGAGAUUCAAAAGAUGGUUCUGAUAAAGAUAAUAAAGAAGCUGAUGAAGUUAAAAAAGAAGAGCCAGCCACUGAAAACGAAGUCAAUAAUGAUGAUGAUGCUAAUGACAAUAAUGAAAACAAAGAUGAGAAGCCUUCAGAAGAGCCUUAA